AUGGAUGUGUAUAAUGCCUUUUUGCAAGGUGACCUUAAGGAAGAGGUGUUUAUGCAGUUUCCUCCAAGAUUUGGUAGUCAAGGGGGUGAUCAGGCAUGUAGACUCCUCAAAUCUCUUAAUGGCCUCAAGCAAGCCUCUAGAAAGUGGAAUUUGAAGAUCACAAAUACACUAUUGUCAGCUGGUUUUAUUCAAAGUCAACAGGAUCAUUCCUUGUUUGUUUUGAAAAGAAAUUCUAGACAGGUGAUUAUCAUUGUUUAUGUUGAUGACUUGUUGAUUACUGGAGAUGACAAGGACCUUAUACAAGAGGCAAAAUGUGUGUUACAUGCAGCCUUCAAGAUCAAGGAUCUUGGACCAUUGAAGUAUUUUUCGGGAAUAGAAAUAUGCAGGUCUAAGAAAGGUAUUUUAUUAUGUCAAAGAAAGUACACUCUGGAGCUUAUAGCUGAGUUGGGUUUGGGUGGCUGCAAGCCAACACUUACACCACUUGAGCAAAAUCAGAAGCUAACAAGCUUGGAAUAUGAUCAACAAUGUGGUGGUCUGGAAAAUGAUCCACAUUUGCCAAAUGUGAGAGGGUAUCAAAUGUUGAUAGGAAAACUACUUUAUUUGACACUAACUAGGCCUGACAUUGCCUAUAGUGUUCAAACUUUAAGCCAGUUCAUGCAGGAUCCUAAGAAGUCUCAUUUAGAAGUAGCACACAGGGUGGUCAGAUAUCUCAAAAAUGAGCCAGGACUUGGUGUUCUAAUGCAUGCAGAAGGAAAAGGUAUUUUGACAGUAUUUUGUGAUGCUGAUUGGGCACGUUGUCCUAACUCAAGAAGGUCUGUAACUGGUUACACUGUGAAGCUUGGUCAAUCCUUGAUAUCAUGGAAAUCCAAGAAGCAAAACACUGUAGCUAGUUGUUUAGCAGAAUCAGAAUACAGAAGUAUGGCUUUAACAGUGUCUGAGUUGAUUUGGCUGAUUGAUUUAUUCAAAUGUGUAGGUGUUGAUGUUCCUACACCAAUUCAGCUGUUUACAGGUAGUAAGUCAGCCAUGCAAAUAGCAAAUAAUCCAGUGUUUCCUAGAGGACAAAGCAUAUAG